AUGGGUAUGCAAGGACCGCUUACGGCCCAGGCCCUGGGCCGCUCUCCAUACGACGAGGUUGUAGACGGGGAGGGCGAAGAUGACCCCCGUCACCCCACGCCGCAACACGACCAUCGUGGUCGUCCUAUCAAUCCGGAGACUAAGAGGAUGAACCGCGACAUUAUUAGGGCUCAUAACGAGGUGAUGCUGGUGAUUGGCGUUGCGGAGCCAGAGAAUCCUUACUUUGGACCAGAAGCUGAAUCGCAGCGUCGACAUCAAGCCUAUGAGGAAUCAAUGAGCCUUCAGUUGGCUAUCCCGGCUAGAAGAUGCAUUGACUCUGUCGGCAUUUUUGGUGUCCAUGGGCUUCGUCAGCGAAUUUUGAUACCAUUCUGGGAGUCAUUCCAGCGAGCCAGAGUCGAUUUCUCUUUUACCAGGGACGUCUUAUCUGGCGCUCCAACAGCCUUUCUCACCAACUACAUCGAGAGGACCGUAACGAGCUUGUGGCUCAACGAUCAAGCCAAGCAAGUACCUCGUCGUGUGCUCCAUGAAAUCUGGUCCUAUCUAAGAGUCCAUCUUGAAUUGCACGUCGCUAUGCAACGCUUGGGUAUUCUCUCCAAUGUGUUGUGGCUACCUCAACCCAGUUUCUUUAUCCCGUUUACAAAAGCCUCGCCAAUACCUGCUCCGCCCUCACUAGAAGAUUACACGAUGCCAUCUCUAUUGAAAUGGGUUGGGGGCGUCUUGAUCUCGGCGACUCCAUUCCUGGUGUGGGUCAUGGCUCAAAGGAUGGUGCGUGACUGGAAACCUCAAAUAUGGUCAUAUAUAUUCCGGAAACUUCCGAACACGAUGUUCCAGGGCAAGAAGAUUCCUCCUCCUCCGCCUUUGCCUCCACCCACUCCCCCUCAUGUUGCUCUGCCGCUUUCAGAUGAUCCUCCUCGAGUCGUGGAAGCAGACGAGGAGAAUUCGGCUCAAGUCGAGAGCAGUGGUGAAGGCACACCGGAGCAAAAUGCGGACUCUACUCCACCAGGCGGUCCAUCACCUCAGCCGCAGCUACCUCGUCGGGCAAGUUUAUUCUCGACGAGAGGCGACGAGUACCCUAGUGAUGACGAAGAUAACGAAGGAGUCACGGCCACUUUGAUAAGCUUUGAUGUGGAGGCUUCGGAGUCUCAAGACGCGCCGCCUGGCCUUUGGUCAGCGGAAUUACGACCUAGCGCAGGCUCAGAUCCGCGAUUGAAUGGGAAUCAGCAGCCCGUGUAUUGGGACAGCUUGCUCACGCAAAUGCCAGCAGCCAUGGCAACACACAUGCUUGCAGAUGCCCUAACCAGAGUUUUGAUGGCACCAUACGAGGCCACAGCUCUUCGACUGAUCGCUCGCUCCUUCCGCAGUCGACAGGGUCUGCCCAUUUCGGAUAUAUACAAUGCAAACAUGCUCAGUGGGUUUACAAGCACGGCCCUGGUUAACUUCUUGGGCGCUGAGCUGUUACAUAUAAAUCUUGCGAGUGAGAUUUGGGCGAUCGUUACGUGCGUCUCACAAUGGUUCCAUAUGACUGAGGAGGAAUGGAAAUCCGAGGAAAAAAAGACGUGA